AUGGAACAGCGAAGAAAUUUUCUAGAUGCUGAUACCAGCAUUUUGGAAAAUAAUUUACGGUUUGUCAAGAGUGAUUUGGAGGAGAAUUUGAAUCAAUUUUUUGGUAGUACUACUGGUGGCACUAAAAAUUUUCCAGUCUCACCAGCAUCUAAAACGUCCACCGCACCACCACGUGAAUAUAAAGUUGUCCAACCAACACCAGGAUUCUGCAUUAAGACCUUUAAGGUCAACACAAAUGAGAAAUAUUUCAUCAAUGUGUGCCAGGCUGAUGAGAUACCACCACCCGAAGACAUUUCCGAAGCCCAGCUUACUGAAAUACUCAAUUCGGAUGAACCAAGCUCUUAUCGUAUACCCAUGAGUAUUUCUGAACCACGUGUCACCAAAGAUAAGUCCGAUAAUCCUGUCGAUGCUGUCGACUUUGCCAUCAAUCCGAAAUUUUUUGCUAAAAUUGAAAAAUCCGUACUAUUUCGUGAUUUCUUUUUGGUUUUAAUUGCCGAAGCACUCAACGAUAAAUAUAAUGUACAAAUAAAAGUCGACAAGGCCAUUAUUUUAACAAAGAGGAAAUUUAUUGGUACAUUGCUGUCACAUCGUGUUCGCAAUACGGAUAUAAAGACCGUAUUCAAUUCAUAUAAAAAUCCCACAGAUGAUGAUUUAAAAAAAUUAAAAACUUUGGAAAAUUCAAAAGCUUUAGUGCAGGAGAUCGAUGCCAAUGAAUUGAAGGCAUUGAAAAAGAAGAGCGAAGAACUAAAACAAGAGCAAUCGAAUCGUAUUAAACAGGAAAUUGCCCAGGCGGCAUCCAUAACACCGGAAUAUAAGUUGCGGGCACGAUUUAAAAAUGAGGAAGUUGAAGAGGUGCAGGCUGAAUUCUAUUUACCUAAAUGUAUUUCCUCCCAAGAAUUGACUUUGGAUAUUGGCGAAGACCGUAUUCUCUUGGAGUCCAUGAAACAUGGUUAUCUUUUUGAUAAGUUUGUAAAUUAUCGCCUGAAUCAAGAUCGAGCAAAAGCAAUAUUCGAUAAAACAAAUAAGAUGCUACAAAUUCGUAUUCCUGUCAUACAAGCCAAUUAG